GGAUAGGAAGGACAGGGUUGCUCACACCAUAAGCGGCAUCAUUCGCGCCCAUGAUAGUAAAGGCGAACAGAAUAGCAAAUUGACUCGAUCGGAUCGAUGCUUUUACUUUCUUCGUUACCCAAUACACGUCCUUGGUCGCGCAAUGCUACUGGUACUGUAGAUUUCAACUCGAUGUUCGUGUGUGAAAUACUACCUGAAAGUGUAUUGGUGCUUGCUGUGGUCUGUGUUAUAGUGUUAGUCGGCGACAUGGUUAAAGAGACUGUACAACGAAGCCGACAAGACCGUAGGAGGAUACUCGCGAAUCAAGCAGAGCUAGGGGAUAUUCUUGAACAAUUGUGCCUUGCGCAUGUAUUAUAUCGCUCUGACCCGAGAUUUGCAUGUCUGCUGUAGCUGGCGACGCUUGGCGCAUACGUGCCGAAAGCGGAGAUGCUUGCGAGGGCUGGCCUAAGAAAUCGAUCACGUGUAGUUACCAUCUUAGUAUUGAGAGCCCCGCCAGUCUUCUAGGGAAAGGUAUGCGGGAAAAUAUACAAUCUAUUGCAUCGUUGGAUUCAAAUUUUUCAUCCCAAUGACGCGAAU